ACAUACAAAACAAAAAAUAUAUAUAUAAAUAUAAUUUGUGAAAAAGGCAUGGCCUCCCUUCAAUGCCACAAACCAGCUGAGCAAAGCCACCACGUCGAGAGCCAAAAGGCUUGUACGGAGACUCGUUACUCGGCCCACGAAGUGGUCAAGACCCAAGUGCAUUGCAAAGAGACCGAGUCUCGCUUCUCCGGCCACUCUCAAGCCCAUGGACACAACCGUGCGGGCCAUAACCAGGCCCAUGGACAGAGGAAGAAGAGAGGGCUGUUCGAGAGGAUCAAGGAUGGUCUCACCGGACACGGCAGCGGCAGCGACAGCAGCAGCAGUAGCAGCGACAGCGAGAGUGACAACGAACACGGUGGCCCAAGGAAGAGUUGCUGAAGCUGAACAAUGGGAUCUGCAGAGAAGCUUGGAAUGAAGCUACAUAAUGGUUAUUUGCUAUAAAGUUAUAAAAAAAAUUAUAUAUAUAAUAAAAAUGACUAUGUAAUACAUCAUACUUAAGUUUCGUUUCCGUGUAUAAGAUUGUAUUUUACCAAUAACUCCAAGCUUCUUAUCAAGUUAUGAACACAUUCACAAUA